GUGUCCGGAGUGAAGCAGCUGCCAGAGCAGGGCAAGGCCUCCCCCAUGGGCACCUCAGACAUGGAGAGGAAAACGUCCUACGAGGAUGUCUCUGGGGAGCCCGGGGGGCUCGGGGGGGUGCUCAGCACCAUCUCCAGCAGCAGGAGCCCCCUGCAGCCCCCCGAGGCUGAGGAUGAGGAGCCCUUCAGCACCUACUUCAACAGCAAGAUCCCCAUCCCCGAGGACGAGACGCAUUCCUGCUUCAGCUUCCGCAAGCUGUGGGCGUUCACGGGCCCGGGGUUCCUGAUGAGCAUCGCGUACCUGGACCCCGGCAACAUCGAGUCCGACCUGCAGUCAGGGGCUGUGGCCGGCUUCAAGCUGCUGUGGGUGCUGCUGCUGGCCACCAUCAUCGGGCUGCUGCUGCAGCGGCUGGCGGCCAGGCUGGGCGUGGUCACAGGGCUGCACCUGGCCGAGGUGUGCCACCGCCAGUACCACAAGGUGCCCCGGAUCAUGCUGUGGCUCAUGGUGGAGCUGGCCAUCAUCGGCUCGGACAUGCAGGAGGUGAUCGGCUCUGCCAUCGCCAUCAACCUGCUCUCGGUGGGCAAGAUCCCCCUCUGGGGCGGGGUGCUCAUCACCAUCGCCGACACCUUCGUCUUCCUCUUCCUCGACAAAUACGGCCUGAGGAAGCUCGAGGCGUUUUUUGGGCUCCUCAUCACCAUCAUGGCCCUGACCUUUGGAUAUGAGUACAUCACGGUGAAGCCCAACCAGCAGAAGCUGCUGCAGGGUUUGUUCAUCCCCUACUGCCAGGACUGUGGCACCCCCCAGCUGGAGCAGGCCGUGGGCAUCGUGGGCGCCGUCAUCAUGCCCCACAACAUGUACCUGCACUCUGCCCUGGUCAAGUCCCGGCAGGUGAACCGUGCGGACAAGAGGGAGGUCAGGGAGGCCAACAAGUAUUUCUUCAUCGAGUCCUGCAUCGCGCUCUUCGUCUCCUUCAUCAUCAACAUCUUCGUGGUCACCGUCUUCGCCGAGGCCUUCUUCGACAAGACCAACGCCAACGUGAGCCAGGUCUGUGCCAACUCCAGCAGCCCCCACUCCUCGCUGUUCCCCAACAACACCGACACCCUGGAGGUGGACAUCUACAAAGGGGGCGUGGUCCUGGGCUGCUACUUCGGCCCCGCCGCGCUCUACAUCUGGGCCAUCGGCAUCCUGGCGGCCGGGCAGAGCUCCACCAUGACGGGCACCUACUCGGGCCAGUUCGUCAUGGAGGGGUUCCUGAACCUGCGCUGGUCGCGCUUUGCGCGGGUGCUGCUCACGCGCUCCAUCGCCAUCACCCCCACGCUGUUCGUGGCCAUCUUCCAGGACGUGGAGCACCUGACGGGCAUGAACGACUUCCUGAACGUCCUCAUGAGCCUCCAGCUCCCAUUCGCGCUGAUCCCGGUGCUCACCUUCACCAGCCUGCCCAGCGUCAUGCACGACUUCGCCAACGGCCUGUUCUGGCGCGUGGCCGGGGGGCUGCUGAUCCUGCUCAUCUGCGGCAUCAACAUGUACUUCGUGGUGGCGUAUGUGAUGGCGCUGCACAGCCUGGCACUGUACAUCGGGGCCGCCCUGCUCAGCGUCCUCUACCUGGCAUUCGUGGCCUACCUGAGCUGGCUGUGCCUGGUGGCCCUGGGCGCCUCCUUCCUGGCCUGCGGCAGCACGGGCCGCCUGGGCUUCGCCGCCCGCCCCGAGCUCUUCCUCCUCGGCCACGUCGGUUCCGACCCGUCCGUGCCCCAGGUGACCCCGGAGCCCGCGGACCCCCGGGACCCCCAGGACCCCCCGGUGUGGGGGGACGGACCCCCGGGACCCCCCCAGGACCCCGAGCCCCGGGCGGGCGGCGGAGCGGAGUGGGACAGCGGGAGCAGGAGGACACCUGGGGACACCUGAGCCAGCUUUGGGGACACCCAGGACAGACUUGGGGACACCCGGGCCGGCUUUGGGGACACUUCAGCCAGACUUGGGGACACUCAGACCAGCUCUGGGGACAUCUGAGCCAGCCUUGAGGA